AAAAGAAAGAGAUAAACUACCAGAGUGGGGUGGGAGAAGAGAGAGAGAGAGAGAGAUGAAAAAAGAAAGAAAAUAAAGGAAUCUGAAAAGGAUGAGGAAAAGUAGUGAGAGUGAUCGAAGUGAGUUGGUUGAGAAUAAAGAGAAAAAAGAAAGAGGAGAAAAAAAGAAAACACCAUUUCAAUUGUGAUCCAGAACUUUACCAUGAUUUAUAUUCACUCGAUCGCCUGUGAACAGUGGAUUCCAUCACCAUAAUUGUGGACAUUUUAUCUUCAUCUUCUUCCUUUCAUUGGGCAUCAUCAUCAAAUUAUCAUCUUCAUCUAAUAGCAUCUCUUCAACCGGACCUGUGAUCGAUAUUUUUGUUUCUCGACUUUGUUAUUAUUAUUGUUCAAAUAAUUCAUUACAAUUAUGUUUACAUCCAAAGGAACAAUUUCCUAUUGUUUAUUUGUUAAUUGUUGAAACUGUUCAACAUCUUGCAUCAAAUCAAUGGAUCCUUGAUGCAAUAUCUAAAUUCAUCAUUUUCUCAUCAUUAUCGUUAUUAUUAUUACUAUUAAAUUGUUCAAUUCCAUUUGGAUAAUCAUUUAUCUUUGUGUGUAAAACUGUUUACUUUUGGAAAUCAUCUUCAUCACUUGUCCAUCAUCAUCAUCAUCAUCAUCUUAAUAGUAAAUAUCUAAAUCUUUUGACUAUCAGAAAAUUAUAACAAUCAAACUGAAUUUUAAACGAGGAAACCAGGAAACAAUCAACAACCAUCCGAUCGGAGGGAUGAGUAUCAUUCAAAUGUCCGAUCUCGAAAUGGAUGAUGUUACAUUUUUAACCUGCCGUGAAUCUGUUGACGGGGUCACGAAUAAAUCUUUACGCGGAGAUUGUGGCCCAUUUUGUCGGAAUCGUCGAGUUUGCCGUAAACAGCAUCCCCACCAUGUACAUUUCUCAUUUUAUCAAUUAUUCAUCAUGAUAUCAUCAAUUGUUAUCCUACUCAUUUCAACUGCCUUACUUUGCGCCUUUGCCAAUCCCUUUAAAACUAAUCAGUGUCAUAUCAUUGGUACCAUUGAAGAUACAACCAAUUCAACCCUUAAUUUAACACAAUCACAUCUAUUAGCCACCAAUGGGGAACAAUUUCCUUGGAGUGAUUUAAGAUUGCCUAAUUUUAUUAAGCCCAUCCAUUAUGAUAUCUUCAUGCAUCCAAAUUUAACCACGUUUAUUAAUCGAGGAUCCGUUGAAAUUACAAUUACCUCGGAGGAAUCAGUUGAUUUUAUUUUACUUCAUGGGAAACAAUUAAAUUUAACACAAAUCAGUAUAACCAAAUUUAAUGAUGAUCGUGAACCAAUACCAAUAAUUAAGGUUCUGGAAAAUGAUGACUUUGAAUUAAUCCAUAUCAGUUUGGGAACAGUAUUAACAAUUAACACCGAGUAUUUGGUUAAGAUAAAUUUCACCAAAAUGCUUGAGGAAAGAUUAGAAGGAUUUUAUAUCUCAUCUUAUAUUGAAAUGUCCAGUGAACGAAGGAAAUAUUUGGCCACAACCCAUUUCGAGCCAACAUCGGCACGAUCAGCAUUCCCGUGUUUCGAUGAGCCCGCGCUUAAGGCAACAUUUGCCCUUAAAAUGGUCCACGAACCGAUUCACGAGGUUUAUUUUAAUUCUGAGAAACAAGAUACACUAAUCUAUUCAAAGGAAGGUCUUCGUCUUUCCGUUUUCGAUACAACUGUACAAAUGUCCACCUAUCUGGUAGCAUUUGUUGUCUGUGAUUUUAAACCGCUCGAUGCAAGGACCAAAGAGGGAACCCAUGUUCGUGUUCUGGUUCCAAGAGAUCAGAUUAACCAUGGAGAUCUUGCCCUUAGAUCAGCUGUCAACAUAUUAACAUAUUUCCAAUCAUUUUUUAAUAUAACUUAUCCUUUAACUAAACUUGACCUUGUCUCCGUUCCCGAUUUUGCCGCUGGAGCAAUGGAAAACUGGGGACUGAUGACAUUUCGAGCCACACUAAUAAUGUACAAUGAGAAAACUUCAUCCGAUUCGGUAAAGGAAGAAGUUCUAACCGUAAUAUCACACGAAAUUGCUCACCAAUGGUUCGGUAAUUUGGUUACCAUGAAAUGGUGGAAUGACCUUUGGCUUAAUGAAGGUUUCGCUUCGUACGUUGAAAACCUUGGGGUUGACCAUUUAUACCCUGAAUGGAGGAUGUUAGAUCAAUUCGUUUUAACCACAACCCAAGAGGCUUUGGCUCUUGAUUCUCUUCAAUCAUCCCACCCAAUUAUGACCGAUGUUAAAGACCCACGGGAAAUUGAGGCCAUUUUUGAUACCAUUUCCUACAAAAAAGGUGCUGCUCUCAUAAGGAUGCUGAAAAAUUUUCUCGGCCCUGAUAACCUGAGACUUGGAUUAAAAAACUAUCUCUCCAAGUAUAAAUUUUCCAAUGCUGAAACAAGUGACCUAUGGAGGUCAUUUUCAAAGAUUGUGCCAAAUGAAGUAAUUAAUGUAACCAGCAUCAUGGAAACUUGGGUUCGUCAAAAGGGAUACCCAGUGAUUACCGUUCGUUCAUUUGGUGAACACGUUUUAUUGACCCAAAAACGUUACCUUUCCAGUCCAAUGGUUAAUGAAGACGAAACAAUCGACGGUAAUUUAUCAUCUUCUUCCUCAUCACCAUUUGGUUAUCAAUGGAUAAUCCCGAUAACUUUAAUAACGAGUCAUAAUCCUCGAGAUCCAUCACUCAUCUGGAUGUCAUCAACAAAUUCAGCGAUUCCAUUUCCUCAUCAUGUCGAUUGGUUCAAAAUAAACGUUAAUCAAACAGGAUUUUAUCGUGUUAAUUACGAUGAAUAUAAUUGGAAACGUUUAAUUUCACUUCUUGAUCGCUCAGGACCUGAUACACAUUUACUUUCACCCUCCGAUCGAGCAAAUCUAAUCGAUGAUGCCUUCUCCUUCAUGAGGAUGGAUCUACUUCAGCCCCAUAUCGCUCUUAAUAUCACCUCUUACCUGGAAAAAUCAAAAGAACGGGAUUAUGUCCCCUGGGUGACGACGAUAAUUAACCUGAAAAUACUUGAUUCCAUCAUGGAGGGUAACCCAUUGUUACGUAAAUUUAUCCUUAGGCUACUUCGAGUUGCCCUUAAAAUGUGGAAACAGGGAUGGAUCGAUGAGGGUUCUCAUCUUGAUCGCAAGUUACGUUCAUCGGUCUAUUAUGCGGCCUCGUAUUUUGGCGAAGACACAACGAUACGAAUUGCGAAGCAAAACUUUGACAAAUGGUUUCAAGAUGCUUAUCAACCGCCGCCCAAUUUUAGGAAAACCGUUUACACGACCGGUGUCCGAUUGGGCGAUAUCAAAGAGUGGGAAUUUGUCUGGACCAAAUAUACUAAGGAAAGGGUUCCCUCUGAGAAGCGUUUACUUUUAGAGGCAAUGGCUCAUACAACUAACCCUUGGCUACUUUCACAGUUUCUCAACUAUUCCCUUGAUCGUAAUAAGAUUAAACCUCAAGACACCGCGAAUGUAAUUUCCCACGUUGCUCGUAAUCCGGUGGGUCGGCAUUUGGCUUGGCAUUUUGUCCGUUCUAAUUGGGACUCAUUGUUAAACCUUUUUGGUACUGGUUCAUUUUCAAUUGAUGCUAUUAUAUCGGAAACAGGUUGGCACUUUUCAACGCAAUUCGAUUAUGAUGAGGUUUCGAACUUUUAUUCAAAGGUUCCCCUUGGUUCGGGUUUUCAAUCGUUGAAACAAACACUGGAAAAAAUUCGUGCCAAUAUUUUCUGGAAACAGGUAGUUGAACCAAAGGUCAUUAAUUGGUUAAGAAUUGUAGAUUCCCGAUGAAGAUUAUGAUAAAAAACAUAACAUGAGAACGCAACAAUUAAUUGAUAAUAAAAAUUAUAAAAGAAAAGAAGAAAAAAA